AUGUAUGCAAUACAGAGAGUCAGCCAUGUUUCUAUAGAAUUUAAGGUCUCAGAUGAUCCCAUCGCCAUGAUCGAAGAACCCAAGCUGUUCUUCAAGUUUAAAGUCGACGAAUGCCGGAAGCCGGUGCUCUGGAUCGGACCUUGGUUGACAACAUUGGAGAUGGAAGAUCACAGACCAUUACUAAGAAGCUUUAGUACAACUUUAAUGUCUGAGAAGUUGAAUUCUUUUGUUCUAGAAAUGCUUUCAUCAAUAGAAAUCCUUCAAUCCGACCAUCAUGAAAAUCUACAGAAACUGAUCAUCGAUCAAGUUUGUGAUGAAGCAUCCAUCAUGGAUCCUAAGACUAUGGAUGUUAUUGUGGACAUCAAGCUUGAUACAAUUGAUGUGUAUGAAGAAGGUGAUGAAGAGAUAUCAAAUUUUAUUAGAGAAUUGAUGGUAAUGGAGCAAGAGAGUGAAAGAAUGGAUAUGAGACCUACAUCAAGAGAUGCAAUAGAAGCAUUAGAGAAGGUUGUGUUUGAGAAAGGAGGGGGUUUGUUGCAGACAUCAUGUGUGGUUUGUAUUGAUGAGUUCUUUGAAGGGAUGGAAGUUAAGAUGAUGCCUUGUUCUCAUAUCUUUCAUGGAGAUUGUAUAGAUCAAUGGCUUGGGGAAAGUGGUGUCCUUUGUGUCGCUUUGAGAUGCCAGUUUGAGUGA